AUGAAGAACAACAUCCAAACACAGCCCGAGUGAAACCUCCAUAAUGGUUUAGUCCAGUGACAUCCAUAAUGGUACUGUCCAGUCAUCCAAACACACCCAGAGUCCAUAAUGGUACUGUCCAGUCAUCCAAACACACCCAGAGUCCAUAAUGGUGUUGUCAAGUCAUCCAAACGCACCCAGAGUCCAUAAUGGUACUGUCCAGUCAUCCAAACGCACCCAGAGUCCAUAAUGGUACUGUCCAGUCAUCCAAACACACCCAGAGUCCAUAAUGGUGUUGUCAAGUCAUCCAAACACACCCAGAGUUCAUAAUGGUGUUGUCCAGUCAUCCAAACACACCCAGAGUCCAUAAUGGUACUGUCCAGUCAUCCAAACGCACCCAGAGUCCAUAAUGGUGUUGUCCAGUCAUCCAAACACACCCAGAGUCCAUAAUGGUGUUGUCCAGUCAUCCAAACACACCCAGAGUCCAUAAUGGUACUGUCCAGUCAUCCAAACACACCCAGAGUCCAUAAUGGUACUGUCCAGUCAUCCAAACACACCCAGAGUCCAUAAUGGUGUUGUCCAGUCAUCCAAACACACCCAGAGUCCAUAAUGGUGUUGUCCAGUCAUCCAAACACACCCAGAGUCCAUAAUGGUACUGUCCAGUCAUCCAAACACACCCAGAGUCCAUAAUGGUGUUGUCCAGUCAUCCAAACACACCCAGAGUCCAUAAUGGUGUUGUCCCGUCAUCCAAACACACCCAGAGUCCAUAAUGGUGUUGUCCAGUCAUCCAAACACACCAGAGUCCAUAAUGGUGUGUCCAGUCAUCCAAACACACCCAGAGUCCAUAAUGGUGUUCGUCAUCAACCCCAGAGUCCAUAAUGGUACGGUUACAGUCAUCCCAACACACCCAGAGUCCAUAAUGGUGUUGUCCAGUCAUCCAAACACCACCCAGAGUCCAUAAUGGUACUGUCCAGUCAUCCAAACACACCCAGAGUCCAUAAUGGUACUGUCCAGUCAUCCAAACACACCCAGAGUCCAUAAUGGUACUGUCCAGUCAUCCAAACACACCCAGAGUCCAUAAUGGUACUGUCCAGUCAUCCAAACACACCCAGAGUCCCAUAAUGGUACUGUCCAGUCAUCCAAACACACCCAGAGUCCAUAAUGGUUACUGUCCAGUCAUCCAAACACACCCAGAGUCCAUAAUGGUGUUGUCCAGUCAUCCAAACACACCCAGAGUCCAUAAUGGUGUGUCCAAGUCAUCCAAACACACCCAGAGUCCAUAAUGGUGUUGUCCAGUCAUCCAAACACACCCAGAGUCCAUAAUGGUGUUGUCCAGUCAUCCAAACACACCCAGAGUCCAUAAUGGUGUUGUCCAGUCAUCCAAACACACCCAGAGUCCAUAAUGGUGUUGUCCAGUCAUCCAAACACACCCAGAGUCCAUAAUGGUACUGUCCAGUCAUCCAACACACCCAGAGGUCCAUAAUGGUACUGUCCAGUUCAUCCAAACACACCCAGAGUCCAUAAUGGUUACUGUCCAGUAUCCAAACACACCCAGAGUCCAUAAUGGUACUGUCCAGUCAUCCAAACACACCCAGAGUCCAUAAUGGUACUGUCCAGUCAUCCAAACACACCCAGAGUCCAUAAUGGUACUGUCCAGUCAUCCAAACACACCCAGAGUCCAUAAUGGUACUGUCCAGUCAUCCAAACACACCCAGAGUCCAUAAUGGUACUGUCCCAGUCAUCCAAACGCACCCAGAGUCCAUAAUGGUGUUGUCCAGUCAUCCAAACACACCCAGAGUCCAUAAUGGUACUGUCCAGUCAUCCAAACACACCCAGAGUCCAUAAUGGUACUGUCCAGUCAUCCAAACACACCCAGAGUCCAUAAUGGUACUGUCCAGUCAUCCAAACACACCCAGAGUCCAUAAUGGUUACUGUCCAGUCAUCCAAACACCACCCAGAGUCCAUAAUGGUACUGUCCAGUACUCCAAACACACCCAGAGUCCAUAAUGGUACUGUCCAGUCAUCCAAACACACCCAGAGUCCAUAAUGGUACUGUCCAGUCAUCCAAACACACCCAGAGUCCAUAAUGGUACUGUCCAGUCAUCCAAACGCACCCAGAGUCCAUAAUGGUGUUGUCCAGUACAGUUACAAGGAAGUGGCUUUUAUCACAUAAAUGAUCUGUGUCUGUGGCUGUGUCAUAUCCGUCACAUAUCGGACCAUGCCUUGUUAUUUCAACACACAAUCAUAUUUUGGAUCAAAUUUGGUCAAAUGUCUAACUUUCUAAAUUGAAUAAUAACUCCAAUGAUUUGAGACUCACAAUUUCACAAAUGUGUUCUUACAAUAAGAGAUAUCACAUAGCGACAUUUUCAGUCUUCAGUUGGAAUAAUCUGUAAUAUCUUCUGUCCAUAAAAUGAUCCCAAACACCAGCUCCAUGUGAAACCCCCCCCCAUUACCCAAAACAUAUCAGUUUGAGUCCUGCUCAGUGGUUCAUGACCUUCAUUUAAUGUGGGUCAAAACAAACAGUGUUGCAGUGGUCUGGAAUGUUGUGUCUGGUCAGAUCUGAUUAAACCAUAAUAAGGAGACUUCAAAACUAAAAUACUAAAUGAAGAUGAAGAAAACGCAUACAUGUUUAUUUCCAACUCUUAUCUCAUACAGAUUUAGUGUUGUAGUAAAACGAUUCCGUCAGCAGCUCACUUAAUGUUGGCACACAUACUUUGCUUGUCUUGUCGUCGUGGCUCAUCAGGCCUGUUCUUCUCUUCACCUCAUAUUAGGGGGCUGUAAGAGAUCAGUGGGACCCCUGAGACAACAUGGGAACGUUCGCUACUUUCUAACCCAACGUCCUCCUCCAGAUCUUAGCCAUAUCUCCUGAGAAAAGACAAGCCUGCGUGGCUGCAUCCUGUUUACUAUAAUGGAGAAUAUUCCAUUGCUGCCUCAGUGGAUGUUCAUGAACCAGCUCUAGUCUGCCUUGGGUUGGCUGUUUUAAUCUGAACAUCUCUAUGUGACAAUGUUACCAGUGGUAGACAUCGGAGCCUCGCUUAAACGCAGCAAUUUACUUUUUUUGGCACGCAAACGCACACACACACGCACUUUCUCAUAGUAAGCCCUAUCUUCCUCCUUUCUCUCUCUGCACCCUGCCUCAGCCAGAGAGAAGGUGGGUCCCAAGCCCAUGGGUUACCCAGUGAUUGGCUCAGACUGCUGCGUCAAGAUGAAGGAGCCAACCAAUGGUCUCCAAAAAGGGGACUCGAUCGCAGACUCCAUCGACCUAUCAGGCAAGAACAAGAAGCGUCGUAACCGCACCACCUUCAGCACCUUCCAGUUGGAGGAGCUGGAGAAGGUGUUUCAGAAGACUCACUACCCUGACGUUUACGCCCGGGAACAGCUGGCCCUCAGGACCGAACUCACAGAGGCCCGUGUACAGGUAAUCCCCCUUUUACUCACAUUCUACACAUCCUACAGUCCCCUAUCCUGGCCACUACAGUAACUAUCUCAGUCCCCUAUCCUGGCCGCUACAGUAACUAUCUCAGUCCCCUAUCCUGGCCACUACAGUAACUAUCUCAGUCCCCUAUCCUGGCCACUACAGUAACUAUCUCAGUCCCCUAUCCUGGCUGCUACAGUAACUAUCUCAGUCCCCUAUCCUGGCUGCUACAGUAACUAUCUCAGUCCCCUAUCCUGGCCGCUACAGUAACUAUCUCAGUCGCCUAUCCUGGCCGCUACAGUAACUAUCUCAGUCCCCUAUCCUGGCCGCUACAGUAACUAUACCAGUCCCCUAUCCUGGCCGCUACAGUAACUAUCUCAGUCCCCUAUCCUGGCCGCUACAGUAACUAUCUCAGUCCCCUAUCCUGGCUGCUACAGUAACUAUCUCAGUCCCCUAUCCUGGCCACUACAGUAACUAUCUCAGUCCCCUAUCCUGGCCACUACAGUAACUAUCUCAGUACCCUAUCCUGGCCGCUACAGUAACUAUCUCAGUCCCCUAUCCUGGCCGCUACAGUAACUAUCUCAGUCCCCUAUCCUGGCCGCUACAGUAACUAUCUCAGUCCCAUAUCCUGGCCGCUACAGUAACUAUCUCAGUCCCCUAUCCUGGUCGCUACAGUAACUAUCUCAGUCCCCUAUCCUGGCCGCUACAGUAACUAUCUCAGUCCCCUAUCCUGGCCGCUACAGUAACUAUCUCAGUCCCCUAUCCUGGCCGCUACAGUAACUAUCUCAGUCCCCUAUCCUGGCCGCUACAGUAACUAUCUCAGUCCCCUAUCCUGGCCGCUACAGUAACUAUCUCAGUCCCCUAUCCUGGCCGCUACAGUAACUAUCUCAGUCCCCUAUCCUGGCCGCUACAGUAACUAUCUCAGUCCCCUAUCCUGGCUGCUACAGUAACUAUCUCAGUCCCCUAUCCUGGCCGCUACAGUAACUAUCUCAGUCCCCUAUCCUGGCCGCUACAGUAACUAUCUCAGUCCAACUGUAAUAGUUUGCAGUGCCAUCCUGCAAACAUUUAAUACAUCCAGAUUAUAGGAUACAAUAUUCAUGUGCAGAAAGGCAAAGUAGAAGUGCUGCUCAGGCAUCUGAAAGUAAAUUAUGGUAACAUGCCCUCUGAUCCCUUUCUCUCUCCAUUCAGGUGUGGUUCCAGAACCGGCGGGCCAAGUGGAGGAAGAGGGAACGCUACGGGAAGAUCCAGGAGGUGCGAAACCACUUUGCUGCUACAUACGAUAUCUCCACCUACCAGGUACACACACAGACACACACUGACACACAGACAUACACUGACACACAGACACACUGACACACAGACACACACUGACACACAGACACACUCUUACACACUCUGACAGACUCUGAUACACUCUGACACACUCUGACACACUAUGAUACACACUGAUACACACUGACACACACUGACACACAGACACACACUGACACACUCUGAUACACACUGACACACUGACACACUGACACACUGACACACAGACAUACAUUGACACACAGACACACUGACACACAGGCACACACUGACACACAGACACACACUGACACACUGACACACUGACACACUGACACACAGACAUACAUUGACACACAGACACACUGACACACAGACACACACUGACACACAGACACACUCUGACACACUGAUACACUCUGACACACUCUGAUACACACUGAUACACUCUGACACACACUGACACACUCUGAUACACACUGACACACUCUGACACACUCUGACACACUCUGAUACACUCUGAUACACUCUGAUACACACUGACACACUCUGAUACACACUGACACACUCUGAUACACCCUGACACACUCUGAUACACACUGACACACUCUGAUACACCCUGACACACCCUGAUACACACUGACACACUCUGACACACGCUGACACACUCUGAUACACACUGACACACUCUGAUACACACUGACACACUCUGAUACACCCUGACACACCCUGAUACACACUGACACACUCUGAUACACACUGACACACUCUGAUACACACUGACACACUCUGACACACUCUGAUACACCCUGACACACCCUGAUACACACUGACACACUCUGAUACACCCUGACACACUCUGAUACACACUGACACACUCUGAUACACCCUGACACACCCUGAUACACACUGACACACUCUGACACACUCUGACACACUCUGAUACACACUGACACACUCUGAUACACACUGACACACUCUGAUACACCCUGACACACCCUGAUACACACUGACACACUCUGAUACACACUGACACACUCUGACACACUCUGAUACACCCUGACACACCCUGAUACACACUGACACACUCUGAUACACACUGACACACUCUGAUACACACUGACACACUCUGAUACACACUGACACACUCUGAUACACCCUGACACACACUGAUACACACUGACACACUCUGAUACACACUGACACACACUGAUACACACAGACAUACUCUGACACACUCUGACAAACACUGACACACUCUGACACACUCUGAUACACUCUGACACACUCUGACACACUCUGACACACUCUGACACACUCUGAUACACCCUGACACACUCUGACACACACUGACACACUCUGAUACACACUGACACACUCUGACACACUCUGAUAUACCCUGACACACUCUGAUACACUCUGAUACACACAGACACACACUGAUACACACUGACACACUCUGAUACACACUGACACACUCUGAUACACACAGACACACACUGACACACUCUGACACUCUGACACACUCUGAUACAAUCUGACACACUCUGACACACUCUGACACACGCUGACACACUCUGAUACACACUGAUACACACAGACAUACUCUGACACACUCUGAUACACACAGACAUACUCUGACACACUCUGACAAACACUGACACACUCUGACACACUCUGACACACUCUGAUACACACUGACACACCCCGACACACUCUGAUACACUCUGACACACUCUGACACACACCGACACACAUAGUUUGUUUUGCUGCUACAUACGAUAUCUCCACCUACCAGGUACUGUCUUCUGACAGGUGGCGUCACACCUUCGCACGCUCGUCCCUUAAUCUAAUCUGACGUACUCUCUUCCUCUCUAGAUGCAGAGCAACCUGUGGCCAGGAGCGGGUGCAGGAGGGGGCGGGGGGUCCGGCGGGGGCGGUGUCCUGGGCCCUGACACCAUGUCUUCCUCCUGUAUGACCCCCUACCCCCACCCCCACAGCAAUCUCUCCUCCAUGGGCUUCAUGGGCAUGCCCCCGUCCUCCAGCCACCCCCACCACCCUCACCAUCACUCACCACAUCACCCUGCCAUCAACGGCCUCUAUUCCCUCCACAGCUUCCCUGGGUCCCUCGGGGGCCACUCCUUUGAGCCGGGGCCAGAGACCGAGUAUAAGCCAUCCAGCCUGGUGGCCCUGCGGAUGAAGGCUAAGGACCCUGGGAGUCUUCUGUCCUGGCAUACAUGA